UACCAUGGAUAGGAUAGAUGCAGUAGCCUACACUGUAGUGACCCCGUAUCCACAAUGUUAUCGCGUGCCACCUGCUGAGGCGCCUAUGACAACAUCGCUCAGUGGACAAAUGCUCCGAUGCGGCCAACAAGCGGCAUGUGCUAACCUAGUCACCCCUGCAGGCGUUCGUCUGCACCAUAUCUGGGAAUGGGACACUUCAAACAAGUGCCCAUGCCCAUAAUCCCAAACGUCUUAAUGGCUACAGUUUGAGAUGAUAAGGUACGAGCAAAAAGGAAAAUUCUAUCUUAAAGGCCUGCAACCAUCUCAUUAGGGUUUUUCUCUCUCUCUCCCAUUGUCAUGCCGUGUCAUACUAUGCCAUGCGAAAGAUGCGGCCAUGCUGUUGGUGUAAAUGCUCGCGUCCGGUUUCGACUUUCCGUACAGUAGCAUUACAUUACAUGCACGACUCAGAGCCGCCUGCAGCUUCCGGUGGUGUCGGCCCAGUGAACGCGGGGGAUAAG